UGUAAAUGAUUGUAAUAAACCCCGCCCACCGCUGGCGUUAUGCACAGGAGCUACAAGAUGGCGCAGGCAAUAUUUGAGGUUCUGGAAGGCAUGGACAAUCAGACGGUGCUCAAUGUCCAGUCAUUGUUAGACGGUCAGGGGGGUGUUUUGGAUCCGGGAACACAGAAUGUCUCAGGAACAACCAUCCAGCCAAUGGACGAUGAUGAUGUCUUUCUGUGUGGGAAAUGUAAGAAGCAGUUCAACUCUUUGCCGGCGUUCAUGACUCACAAGCGUGAACAGUGUCAGUCCAACACGCCGUCACUGGCCACCGUCUCUCUGGCCUCCAACAACGCCUACACCUCCGUCCCGUCCAUCAGCGCCGCUAACAGACAGGUGUCAACGUACAUCACUGUGCCGCAGUCACCGCUCACACACACGCUGGUCCAGGGAAAUGUGUUGGUCAGCGAUGAGGUUCUGAUGUCGGCCAUAUCAGCGUUCAGCUCUCUAGACCAGCCGAUGGCAGCCAUGCAGGGAUUGACGCAGAGUAAUCUCAGCAUGCACGCGGGAACCUCGUACCUCCAGCACCAUCAGCAACCUCCACAGCCCCUCCCUCCGACACAGGCCACGCCCAUGUCCUCACAGGUGCCCUCCAGCAACAGUAACUCAGUGGUGCAGGUGUACAGCACACUGCCCCCUAUGGGCGGAGGCGGUACUGCAGAAAUGUCUGCUCUGGGGCUUCAGUCGUUUCAGUCCAUUCAGGUUCCCAGUCAGUGUGUGGAGGGCCAGGUGUUCAGCGCCGCUCCGGUUUACAGCCCAGGAAAACUGACCAACAAAACCAAGACCUGCACCAUCAGCACAAACCUCUCUGAGCUGGGUGAAUAUGACAAGGUUAUCAUCCCUAAGAGAGCCAGAACCUCCAAGAAAACACAGGAUGCAGGCCAAGCUAAAGGAAAAGCCCAGAAGCUCAAGUGCAAUUACUGUGACAAAGUGUUUACCAAGAACUUUGACCUCCAGCAGCAUAUUAGAAGUCACACGGGUGAAAAGCCCUUUCAGUGUAUCGUGUGCGGCCGUGCCUUCGCUCAGAAGUCCAACGUGAAGAAACACAUGCAGACGCACAAGGUCUGGCCCGCUGGAGUUCACAGCACUGCUUCCAGGAUGCCCAUCACCGUAUGCGUGCUUCCUCUAAACAGUGACGAAAACUCACAGCAGAUGGAGGAAGAAGGGCAAGAGCAAGCCAUUGAGGAGCAGGACGCUGGGGUCCAGGAGACACAGGGUUCAGCGGAGGGGAAACAGAGCAGCGGGAUGAACCAGAACAAGCAGAUCAUCCUCAUCGACAGCUCGUACCAGUGCCAGUUCUGCUCAGCCAAAUUCAGCACCUACUUCCAGCUGAAGUCUCACAUGACGCAGCACAAGAACGAACAGGUGUACCGCUGUGUGGUGAAGAGCUGCUCUCAGACGUUUCAGAAGCUGGAUCAGUUUCUGGAGCACAUCCACACGCACCAGGAGCAGCUGACGUACCGCUGUCACCAGUGCAGUAAAGUCUUCCCAUCGCUCUUCGAGCUCGGCCUUCACCAGUACUCACACAGCUUCUGUCCGCAGCAGAACCAGCACAAAGAGACCAACUACUACAGAUGUAUGAAGUGUCAGAGUAAAUAUUCCACACAGGAAGCUCUGGAACAACAUCUCCUGAACGCCACACACAAUUACCCCUGUCCACACUGCCAGAAGGUGUUUCCGUGUGAGAGGUAUUUCCGCAGGCAUCUCUCCACUCACGGCGUCGGCGGCAAAUUCAAAUGUCAGAUCUGUAAAAAGUUCUUCAAAACAGAGCACUACCUCAAACUACACACAAAGAUCCACUCAGACGACCCCCUUUUUCCAGAUGUACCUUUUGGGAAGAGACACAUGCUGAUCCACGAACCCUUCAAGAAGUACAAGUGUCCCUUCAGGACUCAUGUGGGCUGCACUAAAGAGUUCAACAGACCCGACAAACUCAAAGCUCAUAUUCUCUCACAUUCAGGUAUAAAGCCGUAUAAGUGUCAGUUCUGUCAGAAGUCGUUCAGUCGUCGCGCUCACAUGCUGGAGCAUCAGCGCUCGCACACCGACAACUACCGCUUCCGCUGCGCCGCCUGCAACAAGGGCUUCACCCGCCACAAAUACUACAGUGAUCACAAGUGUCCGCUGGCGGGGGCCGCGCAGGGUGCAGACGGGACGCCGGGACGGGACAACAGCGGCCAGGACACAGGAGACGGAUCUCCUGCCGCGGAGCCUGAUGAACCUGGAGAAACCGAAGAGGAGGACGAGGAUAAUGACGGCCAGACGCAGCAGGAUGAAGAGCGUGAGCAGAUGAGAGGAGAGGAGGAAGAGGAAGAGAGGAGCGAGACGAGACUGGAUCACAUGCAGGAAGACGACAGCGCCGUCAGACUGCUGUCUGAACCCAUGUGCUUCCAGACGGGCGACUGAUGAACAUUUUACAAACGUGCAUCACACUGUUUACAUAGCGUCGGCUUUCAGUCGUUUUUAAAAGCAUAAAUGAUGAUUUCCUUCAUUGUUAAGGGUUCAGAUCCCUGUUGCUGAUCUUUAAUAUUUGAUUUGUUUUAUAUUAAAACAUUAUUAUAAACUGAUUUCUUUUUUUCUUGCAUUUGUUGAGAUGAACUCAGACUGUAACCUAAUCUAUACGGUUUCAAAUAAAUAUUUAUCUG